GUUAUCUAACCCACCCUCUCGCCGCGGUUUAGCAAAGACGAAGAUCUGACAACUCUGUCGAUCAGCAGUUUCUGCGCGCAAGUUUUGGACACAGAACCCAAAUCGUCGUUAGAAUGACGCUGAUGUGGUUGGAAGCCGUGUUGCCGCUUGGAAUAAUAGCAGGGAUGCUUUGCGUCAUGGGAAACGCUCAAUAUUACAUUCACAAGGCCGCUCAUGGGCGUCCCAAGCACAUCGGGAACGACGUUUGGGAUGUGGCUAUGGAAAAACGCGACAAGAAAAUCAUGGAGAUUCUUUCUUCUCCUUCAGCUUCCUCUUCCAAUUAGCUUUGGUGACAAAGGUUUGUUCCAAAUGAAUGGUUUGCAUGGCCUGUCUAGUGGGACUCUUACAAACUUUUAUUUACUUUCCAUUCUCUUCAUACUGUGCACUGGCUUGGCUGGUGGGACUCUUACAACUCAUGGUUAUUUUGAUGCUAAAUUUCUGGAUAUGGCAUAUGGCCCUAUGAUAAUGCAAUAAAGACAUCUGAAUUUUAUUACAA